CAUUUUAAUGAAGGAGCAAGACAAAUUCUUGAGAAUGGAAAGACACUGGUCUAUGUUUGAGUUGCGGUAAAUAACAACUGACAACCAAGUAAAAUCUCACUGUAGAAAUUGGGAAUUACAUGGAACACUAAGAUUUCUAUAAGAUGAAGAUACUUUUUUCUUAGUAAGAAAGUCACGAACGGAGAUAGCUGGCCAAUCGACUGCAUGUUUGGGAGCCCUACGCUCCUGCAGUGAUGAAUAGAACUGGUGAGUGACAUUAUAACUAUUCUAUUUUCCUCUUGCUGUGUGUCUUGUUGCUUCCAGAAGUUUAGUGUUACAAAAAUAUCGCUGAGAUAAAUAUCUUGUCUUUAGUCCACGGAUCUGUUCGAUAUGAAACCGCUUUUUUAAAAGGCAGCAUAACAACGUUUGUGUUGGACAUUUUUCGUAGUCUAACUGGCCAGUUCGUAUUUAUACGUUUCAUGCAGUAUAAUGGAGAUUUUGGAUGCGUGAUAUGGGUCAAUUUUCUCAUCCUGCCGGGACUAGGGAAUCUGUGAACUCAUUAGUGCUCUUUCAUUUCCUUUUAAGAUAUAUUUCCCAUAAGGUGUCGGUUCUCGUGUUUUUAAGUGAUUUCCUGGGGAGAGGUGGCUAUCUAUUAUAGCAUUUGAAACCAAACAAAUUAUCUUUGACAAUCUGUUAUGGGAGCUAUUUAAUACUUACGGUGAUUUAUUAUCAUCCCGGUUAGCUUAUAUUCAUUUAUUUCGACAUUACAAUUGAACGAAAGCGUGUUUUUUUUUUUUGCGACAUUACUGCAACUUUGUCAACAACACCAAAAUGUCAUCCUUUACUAUCGAUGCAAUACUGGGAAAACGACAAGAAUAUGCUGCUGUCAGGACGGUUGAAUGCAGUGCUGGAAACGCCGAUGAAGAAAAACGUGAUGGCAACAUGGGGUUUGUUAAAGAAAAGCGGUUCACGAGUGAAGAGGAGGAAAAUUGCAAGGACGAUUUGAAGACAUUUUUCUCACACGAUGCCUGCCUCAUUCUUAAAAGGCGGCGACGGCGCACGGCAUUUACCAGUGGACAACUGAAAUCACUAGAACAUAAAUUUACGAAAAAGAAAUACUUAUCCAUUAGCGAAAGAAACAACUUGGCCAAGAGCCUAAAGUUAAGCGACGCUCAAGUCAAGACGUGGUUUCAAAACAGACGGACCAAGUGGAAGAAACAGAUCUCUACAGAACUCGAGUCAGACCUGCUCGAGGACAGGAACUCCUCGCCUUGUGUUUACGCACAGCGGUACUCACCUUUUCAAUCCGGAACGUUCUUCAGCCAAAACAUGCCGACGCCAAAAGUGGAAGCUUGGAGUUAUCCUUUAGAAAAUUGGUUCCAGACAAGUUAUUUGCAAGACAUGUAUUCAAAUAUGUCUUUGUACAAUUACAUGUCUACCUACCACUGAAAAACAACCAUUAAGAAACCCUGAACUCGAGUGUCUUGACUGAAAGUGAACAUGUUUUAUUGACAUCUAAAUCAUAUAACAUUUAACUAAUAUCGAUAUGUUGAUGCCACGAUAUCUUUUACUUGCAAUAUUUAGUAAAGAUAGAACACCAAUUUGUUGUGUCGAAGCUGUGAGUAAUAAUUGAAGACAGGGAAUUUGUCAUCAUUUGCGCACUGCAGUUUAUAUUCAGCCCAGUGUGAUAUCACAGUGGAACAAGAUCUCCAUUUUUCAUACAGUUUGUAGUGUUAAAUUCCUAUAAUUCUCUGGGUUGCACCAUCGUCCCUUACCUUUGUAUUAACAAUAAUUGGGCUCCAUUCAAAUUAGAUUUUCAUAAAUUUAUCUGCUAUUUGUAUAAGCUUUUCAUUCACUGUCCACAUAAAGUGCUACAAGCACACAGCAGGUUUUCUCCAACACCAUAUUGCAUGAGGAGCAUGAUGGAUCUCCGUAUAAAUCCAUUAUAAAAAGUAUAGAACUAAAUUGAAUUUUGUACUCAAAGUAAAGCGAAAUGAAAUGUUCAGUUGACAGAGUCUUGACAGUACGAAAGCAUUAACGAGCUACAGUAUCUUAUUGGCCUACUACAAAUUUGGUCCACCUACUAGGCUAUGUAUGAUUUAAGUUUUUGAAAGGAGCUCAGUCACGGUUUGCGCAUAUUGAAAGGUUUAGCCUCAAUUCCUCAGAUUCGUUGUUUGUAAUCCGUGUUAAUCUUCUC